AUGUCGUCAACUCAGAUACGAAACUACGUGGCGGAACUUUCUAAUUUAAAGGACCAAUUCAACACUCUUUCUAGCCAGUCUAGUGAGAAGCUUAAAAAGAUUAUUCAAACUGUCCAAUCUUAUCAAACACGUAUGGAGCCGCUAAAUAAAAAUAUGGAACAACUUCAGAUUUUACAAAGAAAUUUAGAGGCCUGUCGAUUAAAGUUAAGUCAAGUGCAAGAGUAUCACCGUACCGGUCGUGAGUUGGAAAAUACUAUUAGACAAGGACCGACAGUUUUUACUGACAAAUUUUUAAAGGCUAUGGAACGUAUAAAGGAUGCGUUGGCUUAUUUUCAAGAGAAUAAUCCACAAGAUGUUGAAUUUAGUCGAUUGACAUCAUUGUAUUCAAUUGGUUUAGGAAGCUUGGAACGUGAAUUCGAUGGUUUAUUAAGACAAACUUUCCGUCCUAUAGAUGAUGCUACUUUAAUAAGAUUAAUGGAUCAAAAAGUCUCUGACAAAGAAUCAGGUGAUGGUUCAUUAACUGAAGAUACAGAACAAAUAGAGGAUAUUCCAAAUAAUAUGUUGAAUAGUUUACGUUUUCUUGCUAAAUGGAUGAGUGAAAAUCAAUCAUUUGUAAACAAACCACAAGGUAUAUCUCAAGGAUGUUUGACAAAAUAUUGUGAAUGCCGUCGUGAACUUAUCCGUUUAAAUUUAGUAAGAGUACGUGAAUUAUUAAGAAAAGCUGAAAAUCCAUCAUCAUCAUCAUCUGGCACAGUAUCUAAACCAGGAUUUCUGCCGCCAAACGUACGUGGUCGCACUAAACGCCUCCCUGGAUUCGUUUGGGAUAUAAAUGCUGUUCGACUGAUUAAUGAAGCAGAAACCGAUGAACUUGAUUCUGAACACUAUGCUAUCGCUCUAGGUGUUCUUGUCAAAUUAAUGCAAAAUGAAUGUAUUUUGUUGGAUCGUUUACAGUUGACUGCUAGUCCACAAGAUUCUCAAGUGUUAUUGUUCAAUAUAUUUAAAAACGGGUCAUCUGAUAUCCUAACUGAAGGAACAACACUAACUCGUUUAAUGCAUCGAGCUCAAGGACGGGCAGAAUUUCAUAUGGUUAUGUCAUUAUUAGUAGUACUUAAAAAGUUUUUCCAGAUUUCUGAUGAUCUUGUAUCUGUACUUCAGGGUGUUGAUAAUGUAUUAAUUGAUUUUAAUCAAUUAGUUCUUCGUUUAUUAAGUCAAAGUAAAAUAACGCUAGAAACUUAUGUACAAUUUUUACAACAAGUUACAGAAAAAUCUAGUUCAAAUAGUAAUAUUGUACCCGAAGAUGGAACAAUACAUGAACUUACAACUAAUGCAUUGAUGUAUUUAGAAAACUUGUUAGAAUUCGCUGAUAUUAUUGGUACUACUUUGUCAUUUACCGAAGCUGGUCCACAAGCUACCACUAACACACUUAAAUAUCUUACCACUAUUGGCCAAAAUCAUGCCUUUUUGGAAAAUAAAUUUGGGAAUUAUUUAUUUAAUGCUAUAUUCGCUCUUAUGACAAAUUUGGAACGUAAAUCAGAAGUUUAUUCUGAAGAGAUACGUCGAAUGAUUUUCCAAAUGAAUAAUAUUCAGUACAUAUUGAAAAGUAUUUAUAAGACAAAUAUUCACCGUUAUCUUUUAUCACAAGAUCGUGAAGCUGUUGCCAAAAUUACUAGUAUAUUGGAUGAACGUAAACUUUUUUAUACACGAUGGUGUGCACGCAUGCUUUCAUUACCAGAUGGUAAUAUUUUAAAUCGUAUUACUGGUUUAAUUAAUCGUUCUUCUAUAGAUCAAAAGGAGAGAUCUUUUUUAAAAUCUCUUUGGAAUGAUUUUAAUAAUGGACUGAAUACUUUAACUAAACAACAUCAUCUUAUUUCAAUACCUGAUCGAGAAUUGAAAAAUAGUUUAGAGCAUCAAUUAGUACGGGAUCUAGUCGCUUUAUAUCGUGGUUUCUGGGAAAAAUCAAUGUCUAUCGCAUUCACAACAAAUCGUGAUAAAUAUAUUAAAUUGUCCGUUGAAGAAUUUGAAAUUCGAAUACGACAUUUGUUUAGUGGAACAUCAACUAACAGUACACGUCAAUAAAAAAAACUUCCUCUUUUUAAAAUAAACGAAAUAGUGAUCUUCAUACCGUUAUUAUCGUUGAUUUUGUUACUUUAGUUGUUUCUUUAUUUGAAAGAGAAAAAACUUAAUUCCUUUGCAAUGUUUUCUCCACAAAAUAUAAAACUGAAUCCUCUGUUUUUCUUUUUCUUUUUUUGUUUUGUAAUAAAUAGUUUAAAAACUUACAUUGAUACCGUACAAUAAUUAAAUGCUUAAUCAAAUACAUGA